AUGUCCAAAGCAAUUUUCAUCUCCCCCAUUGACGGCAAGCCCGGCAAGCCCGGGCAAGUCUAUUAUCCGCUCUCCCUGCGUACCGUGCCCAAGCCAUCCCCGCAAGGGGCCGAGCUAUUGAUUAAGUUGACCGCCGCUUCACUCAACCACCGCGACCUUUUCCUCCGUCAACAUCUCUACCCAGGUGUGACAUUCGACGUGCCUCUUCUCGCAGAUGGAGUGGGCAUUGUUGUUGGUGCGGGCCCCAACGUCCCCAGCCCAGAGACAUGGCAAGGCAAGCGCGUUAUCCUGAACCCCGGCGUUGGCUGGAAGGAUUCCCCUGAUGGGCCGGAGGAAGCGACCGGGUACAGAAUCAUGGGUGGAACCCGAGUCUACGAGAAGGGCACACUACAGGAGUACAUUGCUAUUGAAUACUCCGAGGUUGAGGAAGCCCCUGGACAUCUGUCUGAUGCCGAGGCGGCGGCUCUGCCUCUGACCGGGUUGACCGGGUGGAGGGCCUUGAUCACUAAGGCGGGCGAGCGAAACUCCGGGAAUGGUGCUGUCUUGCUGAUCACAGGAGUUGGCGGUGGUGUGGCCUUGAUGGCACUGCGGUUUGCGGUCGCAAGGGGGGCACAUGUCUUUGUGACUAGCUCGAGUCAGGAGAAGAUUCAGAAGGCGGUUGAGUUGGGGGCGACCGGUGGUGUGAGUUAUAAGGAGGAAGGAUGGGAGAAGAAGUUAUUGGCCUUGCUUCCUGCCGGAAAGAAGAACUUUGAUGCCAUCAUCGACGGAGCGGGCGGUGAUUCUGUCGAGAAAUCUGUCAAAUUACUCAAGGCUGGCGGUGUCCUCUCUGUUUAUGGAAUGACCGUUUCCCCCAAGAUGCCGUUCACGAUGUCUGCAGUCUUGAAGAAUAUUGACGUCCGCGGCUCCACGAUGGGCUCUCGCAAGGAAUUCAAAGAGAUGAUUGAAUUCGUCAAUGCUAAUGAAAUCCAUCCAGUUGUGUCCCGAGUGCUCAAGACGGAGCUAGAUGACCUGGCGGGCAUCGAUGGGUUGUUCGAAGACAUGAAGCAGGGCACUCAAUUUGGUAAACUGGUGAUUGAAUUCGGCAAGUCGGGCAGUAAGCUGUGA